UACAGAACGCCAUUUGUAACGAAGUACAUAGGACGUGCGAUAGGAUGUAGUGCUUUGCGAAAUUCAUAGGUUGCAUCUCAUUUUACCGAUUUGUCAAAUGAGACAUUGAAAGCGUUUCGGACGAAAAGAGUCGCCUUGGAUAUAGACAGCAUUGCCAGAGAAAAUGAAUGCCACCAAUAGCGAUGUCUUAGUCAGUUUGGAGGCUUUCUACAAAAUGGAUCUACCAACUUUGUUUGGGGAAAUGGUUAAUAAGAAGGUCAUAGGGAAAGCUGUAGAAGUGCAAGUGUUUUCUGCCCUUGGUAACUUAUCAUCGAGCAGGUUUAAAGAAAGUUUUGGUGAAUGUAAAAUAAUGCUAGAUUUUAUAUGGGAACAGCUCAAUCAAGGACACUGGAAAGAUGUAGAUAUAAGCUGGCGGUAUGCAUACACAAUUGUGUCAGUUGUUAAGGCUUUGAGCGAAUAUGCACUUCUAAGAAAAGGGGAUAAUAGUUUUACUUUUGACCAAGUAAUGAAGUCAUGUGACAUGGGCUUACUUAUGGGGGCUCCAGUUAAGGACAACAUACUAGCAAGGCUAUGCUCGAAUCUCAGGGAGGAUUACCAGAACAUGGCUAAAUUCAGCUUUGACGAAAACCAACAAUAUGGUAAGAUCAAAGAAAGCAAGCCUACACCGGAUUCCAAAAUUGACAUAGAAAUAGCAGUCAAACGACCAAAACUGGUGCAGGAAGAACUUGUUGAAUCAAUGACAGCGGAAACGAGUAUUAACAAAAUAUCCUGUCCGUCGAUUGAAACAUUUAGGAGUUUAUAUUAUGCAGCCGAAACUCCAGUCAUCAUCACAGAUGCAAUGGAAGGUUGGCCAGCUCUAGACAAUAGAAAGUGGACCCUAGAUUAUAUCAAACAGAUGGCAGGGUAUAGAACAGUUCCGAUAGAAUUAGGGUCCAAAUACACAGACGAAUCAUGGUCACAAAAGCUCAUGACAGUCCGAGAAUUUAUAGAGACUUACAUAGAAGGGAAAACUGGCGAAACUGAUACAGGAUAUUUGGCACAGCACCAGCUGUUUAACCAGAUUCCCGAGUUACAGGAUGAUAUAUUGAUACCAGAUUAUUGUUACCUUGGUGACAGCGAAGAUGUUGAUAUAAAUGCGUGGUUUGGGCCUAAAGGAACAGUGUCACCAGUACAUUAUGAUCCAAAGAAUAACUUUUUAGCCCAGGUUAUUGGUGAAAAAUACAUCAGGAUUUAUCCCUAUUCUGAAACGGAUAGAUUAUAUCCGCAUGAUACAACCUUACUGAAAAAUACAAGUCAAGUCGAUAUAGAACACCCUGACCUGGAGCGAUUUCCGAGAUUUAAAGAUGCAAAUUAUGUCGAAUGUGUCCUUAAAAGUGGACAGAUGUUGUAUAUUCCACCAAAGUUCUGGCAUUUUGUAAAAUCUCUUUCUGUAAGUUUUUCUGUAAGUUUUUGGUGGGAGUGAAGCAGUUCGAGUGGCAGUUGGUUUUACUGCAAUCAAAAGAUGUGUUAGAAAUCUUUAAAUAUGGAUUUGAUAGCAAGUUUACACGUCAGACAUAGUUGAGUCAGUCAUUGUAAACAUUUAAAACAACUUAAAUAUUUAGUGAUUGAUGUAAUAAACCAUUCUAAAGGAUGAUAAAAAUAACAGGGCUAUGUUUUGUUUGUAACUAUUCAGCAGGAUUGAAGUAUGUAAUUCCAGGUAAUGCUCUGUUUCUCUGUUGGGCACUUAUAGCCACGCUUAUAAGACAUUCGAUAUUUUCUUUAGCAGAGACAAACCAUGGACAUAUAAAGAUUGAAGGUUAUAGAAAUCUGGAUAUGGAACAGUGACUUUCCAUAACUCCUUUUGUCAGAAGCAGACAUUGUGGCCAUUUCAGCAAAUCUCUAUAUGUCGUUCAUUUUUGAAAUUAAUUAAGGAGUUUUUGCUUAGAAGUUUUCAAAAAUGUUUACGGUGAUCUACAUGUUGAAUAUAACAUAAAUUCAACUUUGGUCCAUAUACACAACCAAAGAAAUGUACAGUUUUCAGACUUUGCAGACCCGCCGCUUAGCUCUCUAGGGAGGACGCAGGUCUACGGAACGCGGGACCGUAAGUUCGAUCCCCGGGCUGGCCGUAUGUACUCCGUGACGAUUUGUUAAAAGACAUUGUGUCUGAAAUCAUUCGUCCUCUACCUCUGAUUCAUGUGGGGAAGUUGGCAGUUACUUGCGGAGAACUGUUGAGGUUUGUACUGGUACAGAAUCCAGGAACACUGUUAAGCUAACUGCCCGCCGUUGCAUAUCUGAAAUACUGUUGAAAAAUGUCGUUAAACCCAAAAGGUUAUAACACACUAAAUAGUUGUUGUUCUUUAUUCUAUAUAAAAUUGACCUAUUUCCAAUGACCGCAGCACACAUCAGGACCCAUUUUAAAUGUCUGUAACUUACAUUUUCUUGAAGAAUAUUGUCUGCGCUAACUAAAAAUCAAAAGAAAAGUGGGGGUCAUGUUUGAUGCAAGAAAAAUAAUUUCAGUCAAACACAAACUGCAAAAUCAGCUGAAAAAUGAGACCCCAAAUUAUACUGGUGGUGUGGUGGUGUAUGAUCUAAGUUUCCAUGAAAAUUUUUGUCAUGUUGUUAUUUCAUUAUGAAAAUGCUACCUACAUGUCAAACAUAGAUCUGUCAUGUGAUUUUAGCAAAACAAUUGCAAAAAAAUAAGGAAAAUAGCUCUACAGAGCAAAAUAACUGAGGACUAUUUGUAUCCGCCAUUAUGCGACUACCAUUUUUUUCGCGCCAUUUUUAGCUCGACUAUUCGAAGAAUAAGUAGAGCUAUCCUACUCACCACGGCGUCGGCGUCGGCGUCACACUUUGGUUAAGUUUUUCGUACCAGUCCACAUUUUGACAAAGUCUUUUGAGAUAAAGCUUUGAAACUUUCAACACUUGUUUACCAUCAUCAUGGCCAGUUAUAGGCAAGAGCACAUAACUCCAUCAAGGAAGUUGGCUGAAUUAUGGUCCCCUUUGACUUAGAAAUCAUGGUUAAGUUUUUCGUACCAGUUCAUAUUUUGAAAAAGUCAUUUAAGAUAAAGCUUUAAAACAUUCAGCACUUGUUUACCAUCACCAUAGCCAGUUAUAGGCAAGAGUACAUAACUCCAUCACGGAUUUUGGCUGAAUUAUGGCCCCUUUCGACUUAGAAAUCUUGGUUAAGUUUUUCGUACUAGUUCAUAUUUAGACAAAGUCUUUUGAGAUAAAGCUUUGAAACUUUCAACACUUGAUUACCAUCACCAUAUCCAGUUAUAAGCAAGAGCACAUAACUCCAUCAAGGAUUUUGGCUGAAUUAUGGCCCUUUUUGACUUAGAAAUCUUGGUUAAUAUUUCGUACCAGUUCAUAUUUUGACAAAGUCUUGAGAUAAAGCUUUGAAACUUUCAACACCUGUUUACCAUCACCAUGUCCAGUUAUAGGCAAGAGUACAUAACUCCAUCAAGGAUUUUGGCUGAAUUAUGGCCCCUUUUGACUUAGAAAUCUUGGUUAAGUUUUUCGUACCAGUUCAUAUUUUUUGUAAAGUGUUUGACAUAUGGCUUUGAAACUUUCAUCACUUGUUUAGUAUAAUAGUCUCUAUCUGUAGGAAAGAGAACAUAUUAACUCUGUCAUCUAUUUUGGCUGAAUUAUGGCCCUUUUUGGACUUUGAAAUUGGUUCUGUUUUCAUACAAGUCUUGUGUUUUGUCAAAACUAUUUGACAUAUGGCUUUUAAACUUUGAACACUUGCUUAUCAUUAUGAUUUACAUCUGUAGGCAAGAGUACAUAACUAUUUUGUCUGAAUUAUGGCCCUUUUAGGACUUUGAAAUUGGCUCAUAUAUUGCCAUUUAGUGCAAGGCUUAUCGAAAUCAAAGUAAUACAGGAACAUCGUUUGUCUAAUCUAUUUAUUUCUUUUGUCUGAAUACCCGUGGAAAUAUUUUGACCCCAUUCUUCAAUCAGUUCUUCGAAUAGUCGAGCGCGCUGUCAUCAGACAGCUCUUGUUCUGUUUAGUGUCUGUAUGCCAAAACAAACAAACAAAACAGACUUUGCAAUAAACGACGAAUCCCUCCGGUAUAUAUGUACACGUUCAAAACGAGCCAAAAAGGCAUUUAUAGCCAAAAGAAUUUUAAAUUGAUAUGAAUUUCAUAAUAAACAUGUGUUUCGCCUUUUGCAUGACACUUUGUUAUAAAUAGUCCGUCUUUAUUUGAAACACACUGUAAAAUUUACAACUGAUGAUACUUGGUUUUAGAUAAGAUUCCUCUAAUUGUUUUAUUAACAAAUUAUCAAAAACUUAAUAAAUGGAGAUUAAAUUUUAUACGUUAAUCAAUUCCAAUGUCCAGGCGAUGACGUCACAAAGCAGUUCGCACUGGCUUUCACGGUUGACUGAUUCGACUGUUCAACAUCCAGAAAGAUGUCUUCUGGUAUUGUUAUUUAAAAGAAAUAUUAUUUGAAGUGUUGGCUUCGACCAUAUUUAGGAUUUACGACUCGUGAUCAUUGCGGUUCCAUGUCCUUUCUUUUGCAAGCUAAAGGUUAAUCAUUUGUUUCAGGAAGGUCUAAUAUCAGUUGUUCAGGUUGUUUCAAAAACUGACUGUCCAACAGAAUCUAGGUUUUGGCAGCUUUUUUGUUAACCAGGGCGUCCCGAGUCACUAAUACAAAUUUAUAUGAUAUUUUCACAACGGACUUCUCGAAUUAUAUAACUGUAGGCUUCCUUGACAGUAUGUUAGUUCCUUUCCUUGAAAUUGCAUCAUUUACCAGUUUGAUUCAAGAAAUAAAAAAGUAAAGAUGAUACGUACAUUUUUAUUUUUCUUUGAAGGAAACAAUGAAAUUCAGAACAAGCAUUUAACUCAUUUGUUAGUAAAUCAAUUUUAGGCAUUCCUUCCCUUGGAAAUCAUUAUAUUGGUGUCGUAUGUGUUCGUAUGGUAUAUAUCUUUCAUAGACUUUUGCGACAGGCACUUUUUCUGUUCUGAAGGCUAUGUAAAUGAAAAUUAUACAAUGAAAAGCUACAUGAAGCGAAAGAUAAUUCUCUCAACAAAAUUAAAUGAAAGAAGUGGAUUUCCAUUAAUUAUAUAUAAAUAAAGACAGUUCCCGAUUUUUUGCAGUAUUUAAAUCUCUUGAAAUAAUCGGUAGCAGUUUUUGGGGUCAUAUUUCUACAUACCGUAUACAAAUAGUUUACAACAUCUGUGAAAAAGAAUUAGCGAAGGUAUAAGUACACUUGUCCUUCGUUUUACAUACGUAGCAAGAAUACAAGAAAAGUCUUAUCAAUAAACAGAAUUUCACAGCAUUGUGAGAAUUUUUUGUAGUCGGUAGCGGAUUAUAUGCAAGAAAUGACGCUUAAAAUGGCGGCUAGUGCAGACAGUUUGUGCAAUGUGAAAAUCAUCAGUUGAUUUAUGUCCCGUAUUGUUUUCACAAAAUAUUUUUAAUUGUCGUCGGUACUAUUUAUGAUAUCCAAUCACUUGGUUUAUUCCAGUUUCCAAUAAAAGGGGCAAAAACUAGCUAGCAGAUUUUUUUUCUCUCCAUUAACAAUAUUUUGUACAUAUGUAUACGAUGCUUUCAAUGAAGUUCCGCUUCGAUUCAAACGGAUUUAGUAGAAAAUAAAUCAUAUAGAAAUUCAUAAAGUCCUGCGUUUUUCCUUUUCCACAUAAACAAUUUUGUAAUAUUCAAGCCGAUUAUCACAAAAAUUACUGUCGUCUCAUUAUUUGAUAAUGUAAAUAGUGAGCUGC